CAACAUCUCCGACCUUACCGAAGGUAGCGGCAAUGAAUGCUCCCGAAAAGCCUCGCUCACUUCAACACUCGCGUACGACAAGAGAUUUGGCUUCUUUGUGACCGGCAACUUGACUGCGACUCCGAGUUCACGGAGUAGGGUUCCGUGGAAAACCUCCGGAGCAUCUAUCAACGCCCCGCAUGUCACUAUAGCUUCGCUGGUUGUGGCAUGCCCUGCGGUCAUGCUUGCAGCACACGUCCCCAGCACUCAUCCUGGAUUCAUCUAUGACGCUCAUCAACUUCGCUGUUCGGGGAUGUCCUCCAUUCAUGCUCGCAGCAUACACUCCUAGCACUGUAUACACACCCUGGACUUGUCCAUGACGCUCUUCUCCUCGCUCCCGCCAGAGCUUGUCGCCCAGGUUUGCUCAAACGCAGACACAUCCGAUCUCCAGGCCCUCUCUGCAACAACGGCAUCCAUUCGCGCUUUCGCUAGACUAGCGCUGCUUGACCGCCAUGGUAUUUCGUUAUCGGACAUCAUGGAGGGAGACGUCCAACUCGCGGUGGACCAAUACGCGCUCCUCCCUGUCAUCGCACACAUUGCACCCAUCCGCCGCCUCACCCUCCGACCUGCCUCUGUGUAUGGCAGGAGGCACGGCUCUGAGCUCGCCGCUGUCUUGCAAUCCCUGGAGUCUCCGGUGCUCUGCGUAGACGUCUCGAAUGCUGUGGCAGCCCGCGUCUUCUACAGCGCGCGCGAUAUUGCGGACCUCGUCGUUGGAUGCGUUCCGUCAGGGCAGCAAUCGGGAAUCGUUGUCUUUGCGAUGCCCAUGGGGCUCUAUGUGUCUCGUCGCCGAGUCAGACCUUUGGCAUGGAGAUGGGAAUUAAGCCGAGACUGGGAACCCUGGGUCCCCGAAACGAUCAUCUCUGUGCUCCUAUUCGCGCUCUUUUGUUUGAUGGCGGGUGUCGUCCUGAACGUUUCUCUGCUGCUCGUCUGGAUGCACGACUGCGCUUGCGGUGUGAUGUGGGACGAUCGGGAACGGCUGGCGCAUGAUCUGCAGGUGCAGUCUCAGAAGGGAUGUCUUCGCAAGAGAAGCGGGUUUCUUUCUACAGCAGAUGAGGUCGACGGCCUUGUGCGAAUCCAACUCUUGCAGAGCUCUGACAAUGGGCUUAUCCCGGUGCUCAUUUUCGAAGAUGUAUUCUGCACAGUGCUCCUGCAUCAUCACCGUACCAUAACUCACCAGCAGCUCUCCGCUAUCCGAAACGCAGUUGUACACGUUUCGUCUUGAUUUUAUCAUCUGAUCCGGUCAUGUCAAUGUAUGCACUUGUAGAAGUUUCAUUGUCUAAGAAUUCGGCAAGACGGGUGCAGUCGCUGACAAAUGAGUCCAA